AUGUAUACAAUUAAUGAUAUCUUAGUGCUACUAGCACUUUCUUUUGCUUCAGAAGAAGGUCAAGAACAAGAUACUGUAGCUAGAGAGAUUAUGGCAUGGAAGUUUCUUUCUCUUCCCCAAAUUAGUGCUUUGUCAGAACAAAAUAUAGAAGGGGUUCAAAAAAAACUGGAAGAGUUUCUGAAUUUCAGACAAAUUAAGACAUCUUUGAAGGAAGCUGUUUUACUAGAUUAUUAUGUGUCGGGAUUUUGGUGGGCUAAAGAGAUGGACUUCACUCAUCUACAGCUCUCAGGAUUCAUGGCCAUCUUACACUUUCUGUUGGAGAACCUUAGCACCAAACAUAUUACGCUAGAAGACAACAUAAAAGAACUUGGGAGAGCAAUGGCUGGAAUAGGGGAGUCUCAUUCAGAAAAAGGUGGUGGCUUGGAUUUCUUCAGUGUUGAUCAAGCCAAGGCUAUAAUCAGUUACUUGAAGAUCAGUUUAUUUCAACACUAUAAACUAUAUGAAUAUCUUUUCCACAAUCCCAGGGAAGAACUUGUAAUAGGCGGUGAGCAGAAUGUGGUUGAACUUGUCAAACCAAUGGAUACACUUUUCCCUGCUCCGCUAGAAGAAGGUAUAUCUUACGAUAUGUAUUCAUCGUUUAUUGCAUUACCCCCAGAAUCAGAGGUGGAAACUGAGGAAAUCAAUCAAGAAUGUCAUCCAGAAGGGCUCCAACCAGAAACCGAAUCCUUGGACAUAGAUCCUAUGGCUGGGUUCACCAUUGAAGAUGUUAAGUCAGUAUUGGGUCAGAUCACAAAUGAAAUUAUUGGCAGCCUUCAGACUGAGAUAAACGAAAAACUGCAAAUGGAGGAGGAGGCUUAUACUGUGAGAAUAGACAAAUUAAAAAAUACCUGA